GGAGCGGGUGGUUGCCAGGCGCCGGUGGUUGCCAGGCGCCGGCCAAGCGCGACCAGCCUAGGCCUGUCGGCCGGUUCGCCGAGUGGAGACAUGGGGACGCGCGCAGGCUCCAAAGCCUCCCGGAGAGAUGGUGGGAUGCGGACUCCCCCAGUGGAGAAGAAGAAGGAGAAAAAGGAGAUUGAAGAAAUUGUUCCAAUUGUGGAGGAGCCAGAGAAGGAUGAUGUUUUGAAGGGAGAAGACAUCAUGGCCCUGGCAAUAAAACCAGAAGACCUGACUAAGCUGCAUCUUCCGCGAACUCCUUUAAAGACAAUUCCAGCCACCAGUAGAAUAGUAGUUCGGAAACCAAAACCCAUGGAAAAUGUGAUAGUUAAAAAAAUUAUUGCCAAACCUGCACCACUGAUGGAUGAAUUGAAAACUAUGGAUUAUUCAGGUCCUGGGGGUCCUCGAUUUGAUGCAGAGGGAAGAGUUCUGCCUCACAGUGUCCUUGGAAGCCUGGUAGAUUUUAAACGUGAAUUGCUUGCGAGGGGACUUACCGAGAUGGCCAGCGUGAUCUCUGACCGUCUUCCUUCUGAACCCAAACCCCAGGAAUUGCCAGUAUAUGAAAAGAAACCCGAGGAUAAUAUAUAUGCCAAUUUGCAUGAUCAGGACAAUGCCUUGGCAAACUGGCAGUGGCACAUGGCAGAGCGGAAGAGGACACAAAAGAUACUCUCAAUGCUCCUUGAUCAACCAGUGGAAGAUCUGGUGAUGAAUCAAUGUGAGGAUUUGGGACAGAUGCGGCAGCAGUCUACACUCAUAGAUCAGACUAUAGCAGCUCUGGGCCCUGGAAAGGGUUACUCCAUUGGGAGUGAGUUUUGGAGCAUACCACCAUGGAUUGGAGAUGAGUUAAGUGGUGUCAGAGCAACACUGAAUCAGACAGAACGUGGAUUCGCACCUCCUAUUGUUCGCAUUGGGAAAUCUCGAACUAUGAAGCAGGAAACUGGCACUGACUUCUCUGAGAAGUACAGAAAAAGUAUACCGGAAAAUUUGCACCUGAAACGUCGAUUGGAAGAGAUGAAGACUGUUUUGAGACAUUUGGACUUUAGAGAACCGACCGAAGCCACCUUAGCAAUGAGUGAUUUGCUGGAGAACUACCCCGACGUCAUUAAUGAACCAAUCAUUGGUCCAUCCAUUAUGUUCUGUGGACAUCCGGCUCGUUGGAUAAAGGACUCCUGUUCUCAUAAGGAUGAAGUUGGUAUGAUUGUCCGACUCACAUUUGAAGCAAUGGUAGGUGAUAAGGCCAUGUCCUGUCUGGAGCUGAUAAAUGAUGGGACCACUGUCAUCCACUAUAAGUGGAAGCGCGUGCCUGAGCCAAAACAUUGUGUGAAGAGCCCAAGUACGGCUUGGAUGCAAAGAUUCUACUUCAGCACCAAUUCAGGAGUCAUUCUUCCAGGAGAGACAAUUAAUUUCCCAUUCACCUUUAAGUCACCGAAUGCUGGGGUCUUCACCGAUAUCUGGGAGUUUUGCACCCACCCAGUGUUGUUGGCUGGGGCAUCUCUGCAGGUGGCACUGUGGGGUGUGGCUCUCUUUGCAGAUAGGAAUGAAGAGACAAGACAACAGCUACAGGUAGAACUUGAGAUGAAGGAGAAGAUGGCCAUUGUUGAACGCAUCCUCAACAAGGUUGUAGCUGGUGUGCAAACGCCACAGAGGUCUCAGUCUCCCCCUUGGGCUCCACUCGCCGAGGAAGACAUCUUUAAGAAGAAUAACCCCAAGCUGCAUUACAAGUACGAUACAGUACAAAGUCUAAAGGAAUUAUGGAAAGAGUGCUUUGUGCCAAGUAAAGAUGAAGGAGAAGCAGAAAUUGGAAAGCCACUUGUAGAUGUGAACAUUGCUAUGGUGAUACAAACAUCCUUGACCUCAAUCCAUUCCCCAAACAAGAGUUCGCUGGAUUUGGAACUUGAUGAGAAUGAUAAACCUCCUGAUGACGCCUUGCCAGCGACUGUUCAACCUGUUGAGCCAGAACCUCAAUGGGACCUAUCUGUUAGUUCUUUUAGACAGGAUGUGCUAACAUUGCUGGAAGAUGAACAGCAGAAAGAGAGGGCCCUGGAACAUCUCAACUUAAAGAUGCUGGAACUCUACACAACAUCAAUCACAAUACAAGAGAAUAUUAACUAUAAAAUUGUUUAUCAGCUUUGGGUAGAAGCACUGGAUGGGCUGGUUAGUUACUCUAUGCGGCAAAGGGAUAUACUGGGCUUGCCUGAAAAGGAGACUGAAACCUUGGAACACGUGGAAGAAACAUUGGAGCAAGCAGAUUUAAGGAAACAAACCAAAAAGGACGAUAAGAAAGGAGCUGACAAAAAAGGGAAAAGAACAGCCAAAUCUGCAGGGAAGGAGGAUGAGAAGGAGAAACGCCAGUCUGGCAAAAAAACUAAGACUAAAGAUGACAAGAAAUCUACUAGUCCCAUAUCAUCCAGGAGCAGCAAGCAUACAGUAGACUCCAAAGAAAAUCUACUGCAAGACCCAACUCAAAUGGAUCCUGUCAUAGUCAGAAUAUAUAGAGAGAAACUGUACACAGAGGUGUAUGGAAUGCUGUCGUCCAUGAUGACUGAUGUUUCCUCUCUCCUUGAAGAGUUGAUGUGGAAACACAGGGGGCCGCUAGAUAAAUGUAUUUGAUAAUGUAUGAACCUGUUACAACGAUCAUAGCGCUGACUUUGCUUAUAAAAAAUCUGUAUAAUUGUGAAAAUUAUAUUAAAAAAAUAACAAAUUAA